AUAUGGGUACGCUGGUACUGAGAAAUGAACUUGGAAGCUUGGAAACAGGACUGAAGGACCUGAAAAGGUCACGGUUGAUGGGUAUACAGGAAUACAAGGACAUGUAUUUGGCAAUAGAGAAGCAUCAUAGAAAUUUAAAGCUAGCCCAUCUUACCGGUCAAGCCAAGGAUCUGCAAGUCCAAGCUGAACAGGACACUAAAUUUUACCAGAUUUUGCUGAAGAUGAUGAAUGAGGUCAAAUUACUAAGGACAGGGCAACAGAAGGACUCAUUAAUGAAGGUCUUCACAUGGUUCAAGGCCAACAAACACACACUUCACACUGGGCCGCAUUUUGGGAAGUCCUACCAGUUGAAAGAAGCUUCAGAGGUUGUCAAGAAAGCCAAGGGGUCCACACAGCAAUCCUCACCCAAGAAGAGCAAGGUCGUCACCACAGAGAUGGCAAAAGAAGAAGAGGAGAAAAAGCCUAUCACUCGCCUUGAAUCUGCAGAGGGGAUGAGAAGAUUUUUUCAGAGUGUGACACCCUCUACCCAGCCUAAUGACCCAGAAACUCCUAAAAAUUUCUUCAAUUUUGACCUUCCGUCUAAUAAGGAUUAUGUCAAUGAAUACCUAACCAGUCGGUUUUUCCAAGCGGGAGAGAUUUCAGGAAUAGGUAGGCCUUCAACCCUGGAAACUCCUUCACACCGGGCAUACAUGAAUGACCAAGUUCCCUCAGACAGAACAACAGCCAUGGAGAGAUUUAUUAACAGCCCAAGUCUGUAUGAUGGCCCAGACCUGGAGCUUCAGAGGCUCGCUAGUUCCCUUGGUGAUCUUGAUGACGUUCCUCCAGAGUUACCUUCUCAUCAUCAGGAGGAGGAGGAACAUGAUUCCUUAGACAGUCAGCGAUACAUCGAGAGCGUCACUGUCGACAGCCGUUAUCAGGACGAAGAAGACGGAUUUGAAGUGGAUGAAUCUGGGCCAGCAGAUAUUGACAUGGAACUGCCCGAGAUGCGUAGGAAGUUAUCAAGAGAACAGACUAUGUCGGCUAGUUUUAGGGCAGCUGUGUCUGCUCCAACACAUGAGGAUCAGUUUUCCAAUUUAUCAACAUACAUCCCCAAAAAGAUGGUUCACCCUAUUGCAAGUUUAGUGAACCCUCAUGCUCAGCUGGCAGCAAUGGAGGCGAGACGAGCUGAAGAGGAAUAUCAGGCAUCGAGAGAAAAUACUGGUCUGUCCCAGCGGAUACUAAGCAGGUCUGCCUCAGCUGUCCCGAAGUCUUCCUCCACUCCUCAGACGUCUACUACAUACAGACCAAUGACAGCUGUCCCCUCCCACCCAGGCAGUAUGAACCAGUGGAAUACAUACACCAAGGACAGGUCCUAUGGCCAGGAAAUAUUAAGAGGAAAUAACCUACCCCCGUCACUGAACUUAACUGCUCCCCCUACUGGUAAAAAUGAGUCUGCCGAGUCACGUUUUGUGUUAAUGUUUGAUCUUGCCACCACUUACCUUCAUUAA